AUGCAAACUUUAUCAGAUUUUUUAUAUGAAUACGGUUUAGAAUUAAAACCACACCUUACAAAAAACCGGAUACUCAAAGUUCUUCAACCACUUCCUAAAGGAUUUACUUUAAUACCAUCGUUCCCACUUGCAUGUUUUCCAAAUAAUAAUGAAGUUUCAAAAAUAAGAUGUGAUCAAUGUUUAGGAAUUAAACCAUUAAAAACUUGUUCAAAAUGUCAUAAAAUUUUUUAUUGCAGUUCCGAGUGUCAAACACUUUCAUGGAAAUAUCAUCAUAAAAAACUUUGUAGUAUUUAUGCAAACGUUGAGCAAGGAACAAACGUUGAUGAUGAUAAUGACGAAAAGAUGGAAAAAGAAAUGUUGAGAAGAGUUUCAUUGAUAAUUUCAAAUUAUCUUGAAAAUCUAAAAAAAAAAGACUUUAGCAAAGUGAAAACAAUAGAUGAAAGAACACUGAUAAACAACAUACUUUGUGAGACAUUUUUGAGUUUGAUGACACAUCGUGAUGAACAACCUCAAACUAAACUUGAAAAUUAUCGAAAGACUGCAUCUAAAACAAAUAAACCAAUAACUAAUUUCCAAUUCAAAGUUUACGAUUUAUGUUCACAGAUCCCAAAAGCAAAUUCAAUUUCAUCUUCACCAAGAGCAGUGGGCGGUGCAUUAAAAAACAAUCCUUUUGCGCCUUUACCAAUACCAUGUCAUAGAGUUAUAGCUUCAAAUUUUUUUAUUGGUGGAUUUAAUGAGAAAGUUUAA